AAGCCUAACAUAACCCUACUUUAAUGACAAAGUGAUACAGCAAAACGUAAACGCUAAACGCUUUGUCAUUUGUGUUUUAACCGGUGUUAAAAGUCUUCAGUCUUUUUAUUUAAAUCUAAAGAUGUUUAGAAAUCAAUAUGAUAGUGAUGUUACAGUGUGGAGUCCUCAAGGGCGGCUACAUCAAGUUGAAUAUGCUAUGGAAGCUGUAAAUUUGGGAUCUGCAACAGUUGGCCUUAAAAGCAAUGCAUAUGCAGUACUGAUUGCACUUAAAAGGGCUUCUUCGGAACUUUCUGCGUACCAAAAAAAGGUUAUUAACAUUGAUGACCACAUUGGAGUGACUAUAUCAGGAUUAACAGCAGAUGCAAGAAUUUUGAGUCGUUAUAUGAGAACUGAAUGUUUGAACUAUAAAUAUUCGCAUGAUACUUAUUUACCUUUAAAUAGACUUAUAACAACAUUAGGCAACAAGAUGCAAGUAUGUACUCAAAGAUAUGACCGCAGACCAUAUGGUGUAGGGCUUUUGGUAGCUGGUUAUGAUGAUAAAGGAACUCAUAUAUAUCAAACAUGUCCAUCAGCUAAUUAUUAUGACUGUAAAGCAAUGUCUAUUGGCUCACGUUCUCAAAGUGCAAGAACUUAUCUAGAAAAACAUUUAGAUCAAUUUUCUAAUAGUAGCCUUGAAGAAUUAAUUAAACAUGGACUUAGGGCAUUGAGAGAUACGCUACCUCCAGAAGUUGAUUUAUCAACCAAGAAUGUGUCAAUCGGUUAUGUUGGUAAAGAACAGCAGUUCAAAAUUCUAGAUGAAGAAGAAACUGCUCCUUAUUUGCGCCUUAUUGAAGGAGAAGAGCGCAGAGGAGCUACGUCUGAAAAGCCUCAGGGACCCUUAAGAGAUGACCAGGGGGACGAGCCAAGAGAUCCAAUGCCAGAUGUAGCAAUCGAGGCAGCCGAACAUGCAAUGGAUACAGACUAACAACCAGAUGUAUAUUGAAUUUUUGUUCAUCUGGAAUUGAGCAGACUUUCAAUUUAUUAACCUCAUUUGUUUUUCUUAAAUAUGUCAUUGGAAUUGUGCCGUGACUGCUUCAAUGCUAUUAAUACUUGAAGUAGUCACGGCACAGGUAAUUCAAUUAUUGCUACAUUCAAACUAUUUUGUAAGGCUUUUCUUAAGUAAUAAAUAUUAUACUAAU